AUGAGUAUCUCGUCAGACACUUUGCCUACUUCACCCGUGAACCCAGAGAACCCCUACGCCGAACAGCACGAACAUCCAGAUGGCCCUGACGAUGACCGUCCAACCGCACUGCAGAUCGUCGCAGACAAUGUCUUCAAUGAAUGGCACGACAAAGUGGUCCUCAUCACCGGGGCCACCGGCGAGAUCGGUCUCGAAACCGCCAUAGCUCUCCACUCGACCGGCGCCCAUGUCUUUAUCACCGCGCGCCACGUAUCCGAGGGCCAGGCAGCGAUGUGGAAGAUCCGCAGCAGAAGUGAAGGAAGCGGACCAAUUGACAUUCUACUCCUUCACAUGGAAUCUCUCGAUUCAGUCAGGCAAGCCGCUGAUGAAUUUCUCCAGCGCAGUCCAACUCUUAACAUCCUCAUCAACAACGCUGGAAUAUGCGAAGUCCCCGAAGGCAAAACCCAUGACCAAUUCGAGAGCCAUUUCGGCAUCAACCACCUGGCCCACUUCACCCUCAUCACGCAGCUGCUCCCCGCCCUGAAGGCCGGCAGUUCCCGUACCUUCCAAUCUCGCAUCGUGCAAGUGUCUUCCACGCAUCACAGAUGCGGAUUUGUCGACUUCAACGACAUCAAUUCCACGAACAAGAAGUAUAUCCCCUACCUAGCCUACGCCCAGUCCAAGACCGCCAUGGUCUGGACCGCCAACUAUGUUGAUGCCGUAUACGGCACAGCCGGGGUGUACGCACUCUCCGUGCAUCCCGGGAUGGUGUGGUCGGGGUAUCAGCAACAUAUGGAACCCGUGCAAUUGAAAUGGUGGACGCAUGGCUAUGGGGCCAGGCAGGUCAAGAGUCCGGCGCAGGGAGCUGCCACGACGGUGUGGGCUGCUGUGGGAAGGGUCUGGGAGGGACGGGGAGGUGUAUAUCUGUUGGAUUGUCGGUAUGCUGGGGGGUCCCGGGUUCUGGAUUUCACGUCGGCUGAUUUUCUGCGAUACUUGCCGUGUGGUUGGCAGACGGAGGAGAGGCUGUGGAAGCUGAGUCAGCAGUGUACGGAGGAGUCGGAGCCGUUGUUGGAGGGGAUGAUGCCGAUUGCUCAGGCGAGUACCGUGGGUAUACGAUAUGAUUCAGUCGUGAUGGAGGAUGCUGAUUAG